AUGACUGGACUUGUUUCUCCACAUGACAUUUCAGGACUUGUUAUCAUGACAUCCGCCUCCCGAACUAGAAGAAAUAGAAUAGAAGACCUCGUUCCGGAUGGUAGGUUUCAUAAUUCAGGCGAUACAUCCACAGACAGCUUGCGGAAUGAGCAAGCAUUUUCACAAAACUCAUCAGAAGUAGUAUUACCUCUUAUUGAUUUUGCUAAAUUGGCAACUGCCACUGAUAACUUCAGUGAAACAAAUAAGAUUGGAGCAGGGGGAUUUGGACAUGUUUACAAGGGAAAACUCAAAGAUGGGAAAGUAAUAGCUGUCAAAAGAUUAUCUAGUCACUCGGGGCAAGGAUUUGAAGAGUUCAAGAAUGAGGUCUUGCUCAUUUCCAAACUACAACACAGGAAUCUUGUCAGGAUAUUGGCCUAUUGCGUUCAUGGGGAAGAGAAGUUACUAGUUUAUGAAUACAUGGCUAAUGGAAGUUUAGACACUUUGUUAUUUGAUUCAAAAAAGAGCCAUCAGCUACCUUGGCCUAAACGUUUCAACAUGAUUGAAGGCAUUGCUAGAGGGCUUCUUUACCUUCACCGUGAUUCUUGUUUAAGGGUCAUUCACCGAGAUUUGAAGGCUAGCAAUGUUCUCUUAGAUGAUGAUAUGAAUCCGAAAAUCUCAGAUUUUGGCUUAGCCAGAACCUUUCAAGUGACUCAAGAGCUAAACACUCGGAGAAUUGUCGGAACAUAUGGUUAUAUGUCACCUGAAUAUGCGAUGGGAGGACUAUUCUCUGAGAAAUCUGAUGUCUACAGCUUUGGUGUUUUGCUGCUAGAGAUUGUCAAUGGCACGAGAAACAGCAGAUUUUAUGACCAUGAAAGGCAUCUCAACCUUCUCAGUUAUGCAUGGAAGCUAUGGACAGAAAGCAAAGGACUAGACUUAAUGGAUAAAUCAAUUUUCGACUCAUGUUCAUCUGCAACAGUGUUGAAAUGCAUAAGUAUUGGCCUGCUUUGUGUCCAGGACCAUGCUGCUGAUAGGCCAUCAAUGUCAUCUAUUGUUCUAAUGCUAAGUAGUCAUGAGAUGGAUCUGCCUCAACCAAAGCAACCUAAAUUUAUAUUUCAAACAUGGUUAAAUUCUGAUGUCCUGUCACAAAACAGCAUACCACAAUCCUGUAAUGAUCUUACUAUAUCUUCAACAGAAGGGCGAUAA